AUUUCCGCGCAAGACCCCGACCUUCCUCCCGCGGCCACAUAUUGCGUACUCCUUUUUCUUUUAGUUAUUAUUAUUUGUCCUGUUCACACUCCACCACAGCAAAAUGUCAAUAAAAGACCAAAACAAAACGUGAAUAUUGAAAACAAAUAUAUGAUAAUAAUCAUUAGAUGAUAGUGUGAGCACUGAUCACUCGAAAAUUUGCUCAAACUUAUUCCUCGGACUCAAUGACAAUUUGCUCAGGACUGGGGGGUCAUGGAAUCGUCUGACAACUGUGAGGGUGAAAAUAAAUGGUCGGUUAUGAUAAAAAAAAAAUAAAGUGAAGAUUGAAUAAUUAUGGUGAGGCCCGAACUCGAGAUGUUUUCAUAAACAUCGUAAUGUCUCGUUUGUCCCCGUCCGAGGCAAUGAAAUCUGAUUGGACCCGAGGGAUCAUCGCUCCAAGCGCAUCAAGCGAAGGUAUCAGAAGCCUGGAAGAGUAACCCAGCGUCAUGUUUUCGAGGGCAAAUCUUAUUUCUCUGAUAUUAUGUUGCCGUUUGUGAGAGACUGAUCUUUGAUGCAAAUUAUCCUCUCAUCUGUCGAUGAGAAAUUGAUGAAUUUAUGGAAAAAUGAAUUGAGUGUUAACUGGUACACGGUCUUCAGGGAGGAUUGAAAUUGUCAAUAUGAAGAGGCUGAAUGAAGACAUCAUCCCAUCAGUUCGUGGUAAUAGCGAUGGUUCAACAGACAUGCAGUUGCAAGUCUUCGAUUACAUAAAUUAAAUAGGGUCACACAUUAUCAUCUUGAGUAUUGAGAGCAUAAGAAAUUGAAAUUUGAGGCUAUUUUUAUCACUGACUUUGGUUGAUGUAUUAUCGUGAUUUACUGAUUGUGUUCAAUGCAUUCAACCCCUUCUCUUGGACUUAAUUGAACCCGAUGCACCACGAUACUGACCAUUAGAUGCAUUGACGGAUUAUGAUAAAGCCGAGACCUCGAGGAUUUGAGCACGAACACUGACUAGGUCUCGUGUACAUACGUGGUUAUAUUAAUAUUCCAGGUGAUAUCGUUGGACUGGAUGGAAUUAAAUAUUUAAUGGGUGAAUUACUCAUCAAUCAUUUGUACGGAGAUAAAGAAACUCGACAAUAAUUCAGGUUUAUGGAGGGAUUUUGAUGAUAUUUAUGGACGACAAUAAUUAAAUAAGACCGAUGAUGAGGCUCGGAUGAGUUAUAGAAUGACUGGAUGAUCUGGAGAAUGGCAAACACUAGAUUUUCAGGGGAACAAGCACCUUUGGAAAUUGGAGGAAGAGGUUGAACGUCUGGAGAGAUGUCCGUACAUCAUAAAUAUUAUGUGACAACAGUACCGGAGGAGGCUGAGAACGGAUUCAGAAUGCCACGAGCCUCAAUGGUACACAUGACAUCCACUGCAACGCGGCCUCAACACCUGUCCCAGGUAUUAGCAACUCUCGCCCUGUCAAUGGGCACAUUGUCCUGCGGGCUGGCAAAAGGAUACACAUCCCCUGCACUGGAUUCCAUUCUCGACUCACAACCACAUCUGUAUCCAUCACCUCCGAACAAUACAUGGUGGGCGUUCUCAGUGACGAAGCAGGAAGUCUCAUGGGUGGCAUCUCUCUCGAUGUUGGGUGCAUGGUUUGGUGCAAUGAUUGGAGACUGGAUAAUGCGACGUGGUCGUCGACUAGCCCUGAGACUUACGUCCUUGCCCUUAGCAGCUGUUUGGUUAUUAACUGGUAUUGCACCGUGCGUUGAACUUGUAUUCACAACGAGUUUUAUCGGAGGUCUCUGUUGUGCAGUAAUCACAAUGGUUGCACAGGUUUACAUAUCUGAGAUCUCCGUACCCGGUAUUAGGGGAUGUUUAUCAGCAAUGCUCAAGGUCGUCGGUCAUAUUGGUGUUUUAUCAUCCUACAUUGCUGGCUCAUACCUCAAUUGGCGACAGAGUGCAUUGGUUGUUGCAAUAGCACCGACUAUGCUGUUUGUUGGAACUCUUUUUAUACCUGAAACCCCCUCAUAUCUCGUACUCAAUGGCAGAGACGAGGAGGCUGCAGGCAGUCUCAAAUGGCUACGUGGAUCUCAUGUUGAUAUCAAACAGGAAUUACAAGUUAUCAAGACAAAUGUACUUGCUUCACGAGCUAAACAAUAUGAAUUGACAUUUCGAAACAGUGUUUUCACACCGAGACUCUACAAACCCAUUGCUAUAACGUGUGGCCUCAUGUUUUUCCAACGUUUUUCUGGGGCUAAUGCAUUUAUAUAUUAUGCAGUUAUUGUUUUUAGACAGACACUUGGGGAUAUGAGUCCACAUGGUGCCAUGAUUGCUGUUGGUUUCGUUCAGCUUCUUGCUUCGUUACUAUCAGGCUUUCUCAUUGACAUCGUUGGACGUCUUCCCUUACUGAUAGCAAGUACAGUCUUCAUGUCACUGGCAUUAGCUGGUUUUGGCAGUUAUGCGUAUUACAACUCCAUGUCACAAAAUUUCACCUAUAAUGAUCCAACAUUAAUGGGAAAACAUGAUUGGAUACCACUGCUGUGUGUACUAGUCUUCACAACAGCGCUUGCAUUGGGCAUAUCGCCAAUUUCAUGGCUAUUGAUUGGUGAGCUCUUCCCACUCGAGUAUCGUGGCCUUGGCUCCAGCAUCAGUACCAGUUUUAGUUACAUUUGUGCUUUUUUUGGGAUAAAACUGUUCAUGGAUUUCCAGCAGUUACUCGGGCUUCACGGUGCAUUUUGGUUCUAUGCAGCAGUUGCCGUAUGUGGUUUAUGUUUCGUUGUGUGCUGUGUCCCAGAAACAAAGGGCAAACAACUGGACGAAAUGAAUCCGGACUAUGCACAAGCACGGUAGUACAAGGCCUCCCUCACUGGAGGGCUAUCGAAUUUAGAAAAAUCCAACAAGCCAUUACCAAGUGGUGCAUAUCCAAACGAACACGAUCCACGUAAACUCUACAACGUUAAUACGGGUAGAAUAUAUCAACGUAGUCGUACACUCCAGGAACACUUGGCAAGUGUAUUUCAGUCAAAGCAAGAUAAUCGUAAAAAAUUAUCCGAUUAUUGGAGGAUUGUGAUGAGAAAAACGAGUCGUAUAAGUAAUCACAUCGGUGAUUUUAUACAGUCACACAAUUUUUUACGAAUUCAUAGAGAAUCACAGAGAACGAAUGCUGGAGUUAUGUAUCAGGACAAUAAUCAGCAUCAAUUUGUAUGUUCAAAUGAAUUUCAGAUUGAAGACAAUUUUAAUUCAACCAACUAUCUAAAGUCUGGCAUAACCCAGGAGACAGACAGUAUCAAUAUGAUGUUUAGAAAUCAAAUGCAUCAGUGUAACCAGAACAAUUGGUCCAAUGAGGCAACAUUUUCAUAUCAUCGAAGUAUGCAUAUCGACAAAUAUCCGAGAAAUACAAAUACCCAGAUAGCAUCAGUUGGUGAAAAUAGUCUGGAUAAAUACGAUCACGAGCGCCGAAGAAAACGAAGAAGAUCAACAGUGCGAAAUUCAUUACUGAAUCAUCCAUUGAAUAUCGAUCAAAGUCUACACUCGAGCUUAUCACAAAGUAGAAUUAAGGAUUAUUAUUCCGACUUGGGAACCAGAUAUUCAGGUAGAAAGUAUCCCAGAAGCCUUGAGGAUCUCACUGAUUUAGAAAUGGAGAGAAUAUUGGAGAGAGAUACGACAUUUCAUCUGCCUAUUAGAGCACUGAGAUCACAGGAAUCUAUACUGGAGCGUUAUAGAAAACGUUACGAGGAGAGUGCAGACGACAGAGAUGAAAAUUAUUGGAGGUUGUAUCAGAGUUUAUCUAGAUUAGACAAGAUGAUGCCGCGGGAUAAGUAUCCACCUGGCAAAGUCCAUUAUGAGAGAGAAUAUAAGAUAUACGGAAGAGAUACUGUUGCACUUAUUUAUUACAAAACGUGCUAUUUGUGAUGCUUUAAUCAAUUGUUUACUAUUUUAAUCGAAUCGAUUGGAAUCAGUAUAUCGAUGAUAUCGUAGAGUGAUGGAGUGAAAAUGACAUUGAAGACGCUGGACGCUCUGUGUCGAAAUGGUUCGUCCAUGUUUAUUUUCGAUAAUUGAGCAGAGGAUCAGAAAAUUAUAUCGAUUAUAUCAUGAAUAUUAACGCAUCGUGCAGUGAAGGUCGAAUAUUUCCAUACAUCGUGCCUUGUUGCGAUGAAGUAACAUGAACAAAUUAAUCAUGACAAUAUCAGCAUUGAAACAAACUCUUUAGGUCUUAAUCGGAAACAAAUAUUGGGAGAUGAAAAAACUACUGGAAUUUUUAUAAAUCGGAUUUAACUGACAAUUAGCUCGCGAUAAUGGAAAACAGAAUUUGUAGGACCUAAACUCCUUUGAAUUUUUUAAACAUCUCAGUUGCGAUUUUCUCGGUUUUAUUCAAUAAAUCUGAUAGCGAAUUAUGACACAUCGAAAUAUUCGAUACUUUAUUAUCUAUUAAAUAAUUUCGGGUAAUUUUCUUCCAGUCCCUAAUAAUGCGAAGUCAUAUCGUCGAUCAUUUCGCACCCCGAGGGUAUCUACCCUCUUCAAAAGCGAUUUUUCAUGCUCUCUUGGCUGAAAAUUUGUAAUAUAAAAAUUUUACCCACAUUCCAGUAGUUUUUUGCACUCCCACAAACUUUUAAUAUCAAAUAUCGAUACCGCUGGAUAGACAAUACCGGGGUUAACAAGUUGAUACGAAGACACCGAGUAGAUGGACAUUCUACAUUUGACCACAAAGAUACGAAUCAAUGAGUAAAGAAUAUAGAUUUAUAAUAUCACUUAUGAGGUCUCAAUUAACGAUACUAAAUCGUAUAUUUCGUAUGGAUGUAGAUGAUCAGUAUACAGGCUGCACUAGGGUGGCAAUGACGACGAACAGGAUGUUAAGUGAAUCGUAAUUCAAUGCAUCCGAGGGUUGGACCACGUGAAUAUUCGUAGGGUAAAGAUAAACUGAAGAUAAUCAGACACAUAGACGUGUAUAUUCGUUUGCUAUUUUUAAUUCCAAUAGCUGUAUUAAGGUAAGAACAAUAAUAACCGACAAUACGAAUCAUUGCCAAAUUUGGGAAUAUUGAAUAACUAAUAUUAACUAUGAAUAAGUGAGGGUAGUGGAAUGGGUGAGUGAAUAUUAAUGCCCUGUACUUAUGAUAUCGUGAUACCGUACAGUAGAUACUCUCUAAGAUUUCAAUAUUCAGGGGAAUGGAAUCCACGAAUUGAAAUCAUCGAAGAACCCUCGCUCACACGUCGAUAAUUUCACCGAAAUUUACUUUUGCGAAAUAUUCAUUUACAUGAGAAAAGAAUUUAUUUCUAAAAAAAUUGUCCGUUAAUGAUUUUUCAUUUAUCUACAUUUUUGAUUUCCUCGAGAGAAGAAUUUUGAGAAAUUUUUUUAAUGCUCAUAAUUGUGGAGCUAGUUCUAUCAAUCUCAUUGACAUAAUUCGAACCUAAUGACUUUACUGGAGAAAUAUAAUAUUGAAAAAAUAAAUACCGUCAAUGAUCAUGUCGAGCAGAGGGCACAAUAAAAAUAAAUAUAUGAAUUUCAUAAACCUUUUGUGGAUAUUACAAAAGAAGCGUGGAAUCCAAAUAUUCUUACACAUUACUUAUACACGAUUCGAUUGUCAAUAGUGGAAGAAAUCAACUUCCCCAACUGAGAUCUUAGAGAGGCGAAAUAACAAGUAUUCACUGUAUUAAAAAUAAUUGUCUCGAUUAGCUGAUGUUCAUAAACGAUGAUCAACUGGUGAUUAACUCACAGAGAAAAAUGAUUUCCUUACUUUUGUGAGAACAAUUAAUAAAUUUAGAAUUUAACAUAAACCUAGGAUAAUGACAAUAAUGAACAACCUUCUUGACUUCGAUUAUCAUAAUUAUGAAAUUAAUUUUUUGAGAAAAAUUCAACAUAGGUUUUUACGAAUAUAUUGGUAUCCAAAGUAAUGCUCAAAGGCUCUCGUGCCGAAAGAUAUUUUUUAAGCGAUAACUGCUAUUGUGAGACGAUUAUUCCAAAAUUAUCGACUUGCAUCCUAGAUUAUGACUUUGUGUUCAGCUUUGUUGGCAUUUUCAUGCUCUUCUAGAGUUAUAUAAGACAUUGAACUAUUUUUCAUUUCAUGUCUUGAAGAGAAUAAAUUAGUCAUUGAGUGAUAACACGGUGAUUUGUUGAUAAAAUUUCAUGAUCUUAAAAAUUUAUCUCUUAAUCUUCAAAGUUACUUCGCAGUCUAGGUCCAUCCAUUCUUGUACAAUAAGAAUUGAAACAAGAUAGACGGAGCUCACGGGUUGAAUGUAUGCAACUCCUCUCUUGAGGUUGAAUUGGAAAAUUAAAUAAUUUCUUUCUUCUGUAUAUACUGUUGUACAAUUACUUCCUAGAUAAACAUAAAUCUGCACUAUGCACUUUUGCGAAUUGAACGUGUUUCCGAUGGUAAAAUGCAAAUUUAUAGAGGCAGAGUUAAUUUAGGCGAAUUUUUAACACGAUAUUCUACAAAAAUUAGAUUAAUUUUUUCACGCCAGUAGGUGCAUACGGCAUUAAUAAAUUAUUAUACGAAAUUCUACAGCUAUAUUGUACAUCAGAGCAGACUAAAUUUUUUAUGUUCCAUAUUUCGUAUUUCAUUUAGACGAUAGAACGUAUGAAUAUGGAUGAUUUAUUUGUACUUGUUUGUAUGAAUAUUUUAAGUAACUGAGGAUUAGAGCUCUCAAUUAUAAGUAAGAACUUUGACAAUAAUGAAGAUCGAUAUACACAGAGAUGUAAAUUUGGAAUUGGAAAAUUUUGUCAGCAUUACCGCAGGUCAAUUUAAGGGCCCUCUUCCAGGAGGUCAGCUGACCAGAUUUACUUUUAUUCGUAACAAAUAAAAUAAUUUUUUUGAUUUUUAUGCAACCUAAAUUCCGACAUGCAGUUAUGAUGCCCACAUGUCGGACAUUGGGUUUCGGAAAAAUAAAAAAAUGAUUUUGCCUGUCAUUAGAAAAGUUAAUUGAGUUACUUGACCCCUCUGGAAGACUCCCCUGAAUAUCAUAAAAAGUUUCAACGUUCAAGUCGAUUGAGUUAUCAGCGAAGUUUGAGAAAAUAUCGCCGAAUCUAUGAGGCUGAACGGAAUUUUCAUAUGACCUCUUUUGUAAAGGAAAUUCAGAGCUCCAAAAAAGGUCGAAACGAAAAUUUUGCUGUAUCUCUUUGAGAUUCUGGGAUUUUUAUAAAAAACUGACCGAUAAUCGUAGACUUGAGCCAGGUCUUUACUGCAAUAAUUUGCAAUGUUGCUUUUGCAAUUGCUGAAUCAUCACUUUCGCAAGUAAUUUUCCAUUCUCCAAAUUUGGAAAGAAAAGUUGGCAAAGGGUCUCCGAGACUGAAGUGUCUGUUCGAACAAUUUCUACUGAGGCAACAUAGAAUCAGCAAAUAAACAUGCGAAUUUGCAUUCUUCAGCUUCAAGUACAUACGCAGAACGCCGAAACUUAUCUAAAACCUGUCGAUAUCGCAUUGUAAUAUUUGUAACCGUGUGCUAAAAACUCGGAAGAAUGUCUCCUGGAAUGAAUUUCUAAAAAUAUACUUGAAAAAUAAAAAAAAAACAUUUGCAAAGCUUCCAGUCGAAGGCAUGUGAAAGCAUUGUAAACACGAGCGAGAAAGUGCAAUUUUUUAAAGAAGUGUAAGUGUCCAGUACUCAUUUAAAAAAAUAUAUUGGAGUACCUGACAUGUACAUUUUAUAAAAUUUCAUGUAAUGGAGCUGGAAUUACCGAAAAUGGAUAAAUUUUCUAAACAAUAAGAUGACAAUACUUGUAGCUCUGGCUUUAAUAGUUUGAAUAUUUUUGUAAUGGAGCAUAGAUUUAAAAUAACGUAUGUUCAUCUGUAUAAAUAUUCAGUUUUAUACUGAAACAGGGACUGUAGAUGAAAUCAUAUCUUCGAGGUUUCUGUAGCAUACGAGUAUUUCUUUGCAUUCGUAUUUCUAACAGAUGAGUCUAAAAAAAUUAAUAACCAGUACUAAAGGUAUAAUGAUAAUUAUUUACACGCUUAUACAUGAACUUUAGCUAAGAGGCCUUGGGAGUGAGGAAAAGAAUUAUAAAAUUCGCAGAAGACAGUCAUCCUAUGCAUGACUGUCUUCUUCUCUUGUCCUCAUGCCUUUGACAGAGAUCUAUCAACUAGAACUUUUCUCAGUUUCCAAUUAAUUUCCUGACACUGACCUUUUUUGUAGUCAAACAAGCGUUAAAUGAUGCCCUAUUUCACGAAUAAAGAUCUUUCAAGGGCCACAAAGUGCUCCCCACAUUGCAAUAAAUUUUUUCUGAACACUGAGGCCUCUUAAAAUGUCAAAAGAAAUCAAACUGAAACACCAAAUGGGAAUCUAAAAAAUUAUUUGAGAUCUUUUUUCAAUAAAUAUUUGUACAAUAAAAGUAGUACCGCCGGUCUAGGUAUAAAGACAUACGUGAUAUUUAUUUAUAGAAUUAAAGUAAAGAUAAUGUUAAGGAUUAAGAAGAGAAACAAUAAAUCGUAAAUGCCUGACGAUAUGUAAUGGUAAUGAAAUCGAGACAUGUCUUUGUAUUAAACUGAAUAACUGUAAAUAAUUGGAUAUCUGCUAGCCAUUUGUCAAUAAUGUGUCCAGAAAAUGUCGCUGCUCUUCCUUAUAUUUCGUAUGGCGAAGAUGUGUCGCUUAUUCGGGAUUUAACGAGUGCAUAUUUAAGUUUAAAACGAUAUGAAGGUACAUUACGAUAGUUUAUCGAACAGGCAGUAUUAACGAAGUGUACAUUUGUUUACUACUGUUAUGGAAUAAAGUACAUGCGAUUCAAGUUUAAAUUAUUUCAGAACUUUAGUAAGCGAUUGUAUGCACCUCUACGAUUAAACUUAAGGGAAAUUUUUGAUUGAUUUCCAAGUUGAAAAUGUUGCGUGUUUGUAGUCCGUGGAAAUAAAUAUACUCAUGGUAUGUAGAAAUAUAAUGAAUAUUCCAACUUCAAUUUGUGGAGUUUUAUUUUUAUUCUUUGGGUCAGAUAAAAUUCUCAUUGUUCCCAUCUUCAAAUACCCGAUGGAAA